CAACACUCGACUCACGGCAGCAACAACACACACCAUGUCAAACUACGAGAUGGAGGACUCUCCUGCGCCGGACAGCAAAGGCGAGGAUUCGAAGAAGAUCAGCUUCCGCUUUUGUCGCGAGUGCUCCAACAUGCUCUACCCAAAGGAGGAUCGCCUUACCAACCAGCUCAUGUUCGCAUGCCGCACGUGCCAGUUCAGCGAACCCGCGACGGCGUCUUGCAUCUGGCGCAAUUCUCUCAAAGAGGAUGUUCAAGAGACGGCGGGAAAUGUAGACGACGUGGCGCAAGAUCCUACGGUGGGUAACUCUAAUGACUCUUCCGACUACGACGAUAUCAUGGAGGAUAGCACCGAGCUAGAGGAUGUCGAGGGCGAAGACAUUGUUCCUGGACUUUGUACGUUGUGUGGCCAGGAGAUACUGUGUCCAAUAUGUGAAAAGCCGACAGAUGGCGGUACCGCGCUCGAGGUCGACGAUCCUGACAGAGACGCGAAUGAUACCGGAGAUGAAGCGGUGGAACAGGAGAAGCGCGAGAGAGAAAGCGCAUAAGGGAGGCAAAAGGAGGAUUCUGCACAUUCAUACUUGCUUGCACUUGCUUUGCGUUUCAUGUCUGUACAGCAACAUGUGCUGACAUGUCUGGGAAUCACAGCUCCCACAUGCCGAGGAAGAGUGCAAGAAAUGUCAUGUUCGAGACGCAGUCUACUUCCAGUCGCAACAGCGGACUGCCGAGACCGGAAUGGCUCUGUUCUACGUGUGCUGCGGAUGCCAAAACGUGUGGUCGACCCUUGAAGGAAAGCGUUAGAAGGGCUUGACUUCGAGAUCGACUUCACCAAAACAAGACAUUCAAGAGAGCCUCCCUGACUUGGACCCUCUCGCGGCGGAACGGUCUUUUGAAUCUAUCAUGAACGACUAUUCCCCGUCACCACUUGCACAAGUCCUCCGCCACGGGCCUCUGCCAGGCCAGAAGGGCGCGCAACCCGCAAACCACGACAUGCGCCAACCUGAUGCGACCUCCAGGCCCUAGAUCUCGCGUCGUCUCUUGGUGAGCUGCCAUCGAAGGCAAUUUGGACGCAAUGCUUCAUCUCGCGUGGAGGACUACGGUAUGGGAGGGUGGUUUGUAGCCUCUUGGACGCACAACGAAGUGCUUUCUUCGCCAU